AAAUAUAUUGGGGGUUAUCUUCCAGUCUCUUUCUUAUGCCAAGGAGAUCCAAUCAACCCUUUCUUUCUCGUAGUGUAAAAGGACAAUCUCCUGUUGUUUCUUGUCAGUGUGUUGAAUAUAUAUAUAUAUAUAUAUAUAUUGUGUUUAUGUGAUACAUGUAAUAUAUAUUAUAUAUAUAGUUGGGUUGAGGAGGCAUUUAGAGACACGAGAUCAGGAAGGAAGUGAUUUCAGAUUUCACCAUUCUCCUGUUGUGUGCUUCUUCUGAAAGAGAAGAAAAAAACAAAUAAAGAAGGAAACCUAUAAACUGGUAGGAAAGAUGGACGGCGGCUUUGAAGAAUCUCCCCUAUUUGGCAAGAGAAAUUCUCCGGUGCCACCUCCAUUACCGCAGCCCUCAACAACCGGUUAUCCUUCAAAGGGUUUGGUGAUGAAUGGAUCAUCUCUAAGAAGAUGCGGCUUUGUGACUACAGCAACAAGGGAUUUAUGGGAUCGCCUCUUUGAUGAAGGUUACAGAGCAGAUGUUUCUAUUAAUACUAUUAAUGGUGGCAUCAUCUAUGCACAUGCUAGUAUUCUUGGCAUGGCUUCUCCAGUUUUCAAAAGCAUGUUUAAGCAGUUGAAAAAACGUGGUCAUCAUCGAUCAUUCUCAAUUAAUGGAGUUCCAUAUGAAGCAGUUCGAGUUUUCAUACGGUUCCUGUACUCUUCCUGCAUUGAGCAAGAAGAAAUGGAGGAAUACAUCUUGCAUUUGUUGGUCCUGUCACAUGCUUAUGUUGUUCCCCGGUUGAAGGAAUUGUGUAUACUGCGGCUAGAAGAGGGAUUGCUCACUAUAGAAAAUGUGGUUGAUAUCUUACAGCUUGCACUAUUGUGCGAUGCCCCUCGGCUUACUCUUGUUUGUCACCGUUUGAUUCUGAAGAGUUUCAAGGCUGUUUCAGCCACAGACGGAUGGAAAGUGAUGAAAGAGAGCCACCCGGUGCUGGAAAAGGAACUCAUGCAGUCAUUGAUUGAAGAAGAAACCAUGCAAAAGGUACAGAUGAGAAAGAUAAAUGAGAGGAAGAUCUAUUUACAAUUAUAUGAGGCAAUGGAAGCUCUUGUUCAUAUAUACAAGGAUGGUUGUCGGACCAUUGGUCCACACGAUAAGUUGUUAAAAGGUGAUCAGCCACCUUGCAAUUUUGCAGCUUGCAAGGCACUGGAGUUGCUAGUCCGUCACUUUGCUGGUUGCAAGAUGAGAGUCCCCGGUGGCUGCAUUCAUUGCAAGAGAAUGUGGCAGCUCUUGGAAUUACAUUCCCGUCUCUGUGCCGAUUCGGAUGUGUGUAGAGUUCCUUUGUGCUGGAACUUUAAGGAGAGGAUUAAGAAACAGAACAAGAAGGAUGAUGUGAAGUGGAGAAUUUUGGUAAGAAAGAUCUUGAGAACAAAGAGCAUAUCUGGAGCGCCAUUCUUUUCAUCGGUAUAUUCAUGAUUGAGUGGCCGGGUCUCAUAUGAUCCGCUUUUGUUGUACAUUUUUGUGUAAUUAGAAAAAAUUAGGACAUUAUUGUUCCAAAUGUUCCAGUGAUGAUCCAUUGUAUCUGAAUUCAUAUUAUGAAGCAAAGAAUCACUUCUUCCCCCAA